AUCCUCUGUGAGCCGGUCAAGCUACCGUUCGGGUCUGCUAAUGGGCAGAGAGAAAAGCUUCUGAUUAACAAGUUAUCCCUGGAAAACAACGGCCUUUAUCGGCACCAGCUUUAGUUCCUUACGCACACUGACAUGGGGUUCACAUCUGUUUUCAUUUUGCCGGUGUUGGUGGUGCUGGUGGCUGGGAUGUAUUACCUCUACAAUGAAAUAGUCAAGUUCAUGUCCAAGUCAGUGGUGCGGAACAAAGUGGUGGUGAUAACGGAUGCAGUGUCUGGACUGGGGAAGGAGUGUUCCAGGGUGUUUCAUAUGGGAGGAGCCAGGCUGAUCCUGUGUGGGAAAAGCUGGGAGAAGUUAGAAGCCCUCUAUGACGCCCUGAACAGCGUAGCAGACCCGAGUGUGACUUUCACACCGAAGCUGGUACUCCUGGACCUCAGCGACAUCAACGGUAUUCCGGAGGUGACCAGAGAGAUCCUGGAGUGCUAUGGGUGUGUGGACGUGCUGAUCAGCAAUGCCAGUAUGAAAGUCAAAGCACCAGUGCAAACAUUGUCACUUGAAAUGGAUAAAAAGAUCAUGGACACAAAUUACUUUGGACCGAUUACCUUAACCAAAGGUCUCCUUCCUUCGAUGACCUCCAGGCGGACAGGACACUUGGUGUUGGUAAACAGCAUUCAAGGAAAACUUGCCAUGCCCUUUCGCACAGCCUACGCCGCCUCCAAACACGCUGCGCAGGCCUUCUUCGACUGCCUCCGAGCCGAGGUCGAGGAGUACGGGAUCUCGGUGAGCACCAUCAGUCCCACUUUCAUCCGAUCCUACCACCUGCAGCCCGAGCAAGCCAACUGGGAGAAGAACAUCUGGAAAUUCUUUUUCAGGAAGCUGUCCCAUGGAGUUCACCCAGUGGAAGUUGCGGAUGAGAUACUAAGAACCGUGAGUCGGAAGAAGAAAGAGGUCCUCAUGGCCAACCCUGUUCCCAGAGCCGCCCUGUACAUCCGCUCUUUCUUCCCCGGGCUUUUCUUUGCUGUGGUGGCGGCCGGAGUGAAGGAUGUCACCCUGGUAGAGGAGGAGAAGCAGUAGAGGAAGGAGCAGAAGGCUGGAAGGGGCUGUUUGUGCCGCUCUCCUGUGUCCUGUUGCUUUGUGUCUUCCCUGUCUGUGAUAUGAUUAGAUGUGAAUCUCUUCUUUCAUGGUCAUUUGCGAAUAACACUAUUCAACCACAGAUUACUUUGGAGAAGUCUUCUUAAGAAUGAACGGAAGGAAUGUAAGGAACCAAACUGAAGCAAUUUUAGGCGUCUGUCUGGGGAACAGGCUGCAAAAGGUCUGUAAAAGGCUAAAAAUCUAGCUUUCCCCAGCACUCUCUAUCUGGAUUUAAGGAAUUUUUAUUAAAAUCCAAUGGAUAAGUAAAGAAGGAACAAUAUCUAGGAACAAUAGGAGAAAGCACGCUUAUAAAGAAUGGUACAGAGCAAACAUUCAGUACAGUUUUGGUCCUUUAUUUGAACCUGUUAUAAAUGGAUGAAGCUGUGAAGUAGCUGAAGAAAAAAAGAGGUUUAUUUUUUACCAUGCUGUAUGUGCAUUCCGGCCCCAUCUACUGCACCUUCUAUUUUAGGACACAAGGGACUACAAGCACAGAAAUGUGAUGCAGUGUGGAAUAAAAACUUGUCAGUGGUCCCAAAACAGUGGCUUAUUUUAACCUUAUAUAAACAUCUUUCUUGACGUCAUACACUGUACGAAAACAUCUUCUGUAAAGAACCACAUUUAAAAGCAUGUGUUCCAGUGCAAAAUGUGCCAUGACUCAGACUCCAAAUAAACUCCUUUAAUUUUUAACCAUAUUCAGUAAAAAAAGGUUUCCUGUUUCCAUAAAAUUGUUGUCUCCUACCAGAUCUGCAUUGGUCUGCAUAUUAGGUGGGGUGUAAAAUCCUGCCUAACAUGCAAAAAGUUACUCAGAAACGUACAGUACCUUUUAUUAUUAAAGUGUUAAGCCUCAAGUUAACAUUAAGAUAUACUGCUCAGUAAGGCAAUGGAGAUCCUCCUCCUUCAGGACCACCAGUGAGGUAGAGGCCAGUGUAAUAGUAACUACGGUUCUGAAGGAGCCUUUAUUUUGGCAGUGAGGCUUGUUUGCUCCCAAAGCCUGUACCAAUCUGGUCUACCUCCACCAACAGGGCAAGGAAGCAAGCCCUUGUCUGGGUCAUUAGGAGCAAUCCUGUCAGUGGGUGCAGCAGACUUGCCCCUCAUGUUUUUCUUCGCCUGAAAGCUGUACACCACAACAGCCCCUGUGCCCUUUGUGCACCUAACUCUUUAAGGGACCCCUGAAUUUUGGGUCAUGGGGAGAAGGGGAUUGAUCUUCUGCUCUAAGACAUAGGUCCUGGUGUGUUAGGUGGUCUUUUUUAUAAAAAAAGGCCAACUCAACUACUUUAAGGUUUACAGAACCAUUUUAACACUUUUCUCCAAAGCAUUUAUUGAAAGUGUUUUAAAAUAUUGUCUCGCUUGUUGCUUUGACAACAUCAGUACUGUUACUUGAAAUAGGAUGGGAAAAUCUUUCUUAGUGGGUAAUCUUAGUGAGGAUAAUCAGCAAAAUAACUGGGACAAAUUUAAGAAACAUAAAGGGGUUAAGAGCAUUAUGGAGUGUGUGUCUCACCCUCCAUUGUGAAUUCUCUAAUUCUCUCUACUCUACCAUCAAGGAUGUGCCUCUGUGUCCCCAGUUGUAAAGAUAACAGAUCUGGGAAAUCUUUCAUACCCUCUUCAAUCUUGCUCUCAAAAAAUGCAAAAUAAACGUAUCUCCUGAAACACAA